GCAGCAGCACCACCACCACUACCACCACCACGGGAAGUCAUGCAUACUUGGAAUAACCUUAGUUCGCCGACCCCGCCGUUGUAUUUGAAAACAAGGACAGAUAACGAAGGGCUGAUUCACAACGAACGAUGGCUUACUUUCCCCACUGAUCCUACCAUCGUGUUCCCAAGGCAGACCUUCUCCCCUAAGGUUCAAAUGGAAUGUGAGGCUGGACCCAAGCGCAUUGCACGCAACGUUGAGACAGAAAGACGACGUCGGCUCUACGAAAGCUUCGAUCUCGAGGUGCUUUUGCGCGAGAAAGGGAUUAACGCAUCGGAUAUCAACAAACAACAUUAUAUUCCACUUGAGACUUUCGACGAUUACACCUACGACUGCAGAACUGCAGAGGAAUGGUUGAGAUUAGGCGAGGUAGCGAGCAAGCGACACCCCCUGCCAGCGCAAGCCUUGACAAUAGGAGCAGACAAAUGGCAAUUAGUGGCUGUCAUCAAUUAUAACGAGGACUCAUCUUUGCGCCUCCUCUCGCUCGAUGGCAAAAAAACUAUUUUCACAUUGCCAAGACUUCGCGUGAGGUUCAUCGCUGAAGACCCACGAAUUUUUGCCGAGAGGCUUGAGUCUGCCUUGAAGACGAGGAGAUUUUGCGAAGCUCGUCUUGAGUACAAUUUGUACAUCGACUGUAUGCCCUUAGAAGGGAUGAGCGCUCAUGUAAACGAAACAAUUAAUUAUCCACAUACUUUACAUACGAAUUAUCCUCACAGUAAAGGAAUUAUAACUUUGGCGAGUGAGGUCGAACGCAAUUAUUCACGCGUAAUGUGCGAACUGGAGUGCCGAGAAACACUAAAACAUUUGCUGGGGAUAUUUGACGACUACUCUAUUGAGCGAAUCCAAUCAACAGCGCACGAACGGAAGAAAGUCGAUAAGAUUAAAAACAAAAGCAGUUUAUCAUGUUCACAGGCAAUUCGACAAUUCAGCGAAUGGAACAGCCUGUACGUGCACUCGGAAGUACACGAGGCAAUGAUGUCGAUAGCGUUGGAAUGUGAAAAAGCAUCGAAAUCGACGCUUUUUUCGCUAAGACUUACGAAAAGCGUGAGCCUGGAAGAAUUUGAGUCGCAGCAAUUACACGCCAGUCAUUCGCUCGUAAAUUACCUACGUGAUGGAUGGUUGGAAAAUAUUUGCCAAGCUAUACGAAUAAGCCUAAGAGACAUUGGCAAAGGAUGGUUCGAUCUGAGACAAUGCCACCACGACAUUUACGAUGCCAUGAAACUCAACAGAUUCAUGCAACUUGUACGACAGCGUAUGCAGAGCGCGCUGCGAACUUUGAUUGAAACGUCAGCAGUUGGAUUUUUGAGGACACUAGAAGCACCAACGAUGUGCAUGUCAAAUGUAGAUGAAAAGUUCGUUUGGAAAUCAAAUUUGAAGGAGCCCUUAUUUGAGUCAAAUGUCAAUCCAAUCUUCACGAUUGAACUCUACAUGAAUGAUAAUGGUGCUCACUACACCACGGAUCCUAAUCUUUAUGCGGAGAAGUUUGACGCUUUACUGGUAAACGCGCUGCAGUUGUGUCAACAAAUAAACCAACUACAUCCAGCGCUAUUGCAUAAUUUAACGUUUUCGCGAGACUUGUACGUUAAGUCGGUAAAUAUCAAAGAAUCAAUAAUAACGAAUGUUCGGAACAAACUGAACACGGCAUAUCGGAAAUCUAUAAUUCCACUCGUAGCUUAUUUGGAGAAUUUCGACAAAUAUCGUGAUCUGUUCGGUCUUGAUCCGCUACAGUACGUUGAGAACUACAAAGAAGAAGAACACACUGUAAUUGAAUUAAAAGACGAGAUAACAAUGCACUUUGCAGUAAUAUCGUGUUUGGAAAGUGAUAUCCCUCAGCAGAUCAACGUUGGCCCAUUUGAAGUAAACAUCGGAAGAUUGAAGAGUCAAUUGAUCGAUAAGCAACAAAACGUCAUUACGGGUCUCCUAGAAAUGCACGCGAAAAGACUGCGUGGUCGGAUUGACGAAAUGCUUGAUGAGUUUACAAUGAUAUUUUACAAACUGAAUGUCGUGCCUGCCACCAUCGAACAAGUUUUCGAGAUACGAGAGUGGAUGGAAGGAUUGCCGAUUACUGUUGCUGAACAUAUCGAAACUUUACAAACUGUCCGACUGGAAUUCGACAUGCUGGAUGUAUUCUACUAUAAUUUGACAGAUGAUGAUUCCGAAGCGAAAUGGGAGGCAUUAAAGUAUCCAGCUAAAAUACUAAAGCAGAUCGAAGAAGCUUACGGCAAAUUAGUCGAAAUGGAAAAAGCAAUAUUUUACAAAGUGCAGAUAGAAGAUGAAAAAUUAAUUAUAGAAAAAAUUGAUUCUCUGAUUGGAAGCUUUACAAACAUUAUCAAGCAAAGCGAUAUUUCCAAAGUGCAAGAGACGUCCGUCGAGGUGAAAAAAUUAUGGAAAGUAAUGAAGGAAACUCAAGAGUUUGGCAUGCUACUAAAUUCAAGGCAAAAGUUGUUUGGUUCUCGUAUGAAGCCCUACGACAGACUAACGCAAUUGAUCAAAGAAUUUGACUCGUACAAGAGCUUUUGGUUAACAGCAGCAGAUUGGUUCAAUAUGUACGAGAUUUGGAUGGAAAAUCCAUUAGUAAACGUUGAUGGGAGCCAAAUUGAACCAUUAGUUACCGAAAUGUUGAAAAUCAUGAUACGACAUAGCAAAAGUUUUCAAGAUCAACAAGAAAUAUUGGAACUUGUUAGCGACAUACGCGGACGAAUUGAACAUUUCAAGCCGUACGUUGGCGUGAUACAAGCACUGCGAAAUCCCGGGAUGAAAGCGCGUCAUCUACAAGAGCUGAGCGACAAAAUUGGCAUUAAAAUUUCAAUGAGCUCUGACGUCACAUUCAAGAGCCUAUUAUCGUUUGGAAUAAUGGAACACGAGGAGACCAUCCGGGAAAUUUCCGAAAGCGCGGCUAAGGAACACGUUAUAGAGGACGCCUUACGGAAAAUGAUAGCUGAGUGGGAUGCUUUGAAAAUGGACGUCAUAGCUUACAAAGAUACCGGCACGUACAUUAUGAAAGUUGCUGACGAAGUUCUAUUGCUUCUAGACGAUCACAUUAUGAAUACUCAACAGAUAACUUUUGAUCCGUUCAAAGCAGCUUUCGAGGAAGAAAUAGACGACUGGUCCUCGAAGUUGAAACUCUGUCAAGACGUGAUAUAUCUGUGGAUGGAAGUGCAAAAGUUUUGGAUGUACCUCGAGCCGAUAUUUUCCUCCGAAGACAUAAGCAAACAACUGCCGAUAGAAGCGAAAAAGUACAAAACGAUGGAGCGCAAUUGGCGGCGGAUCAUGAAGGAAGCUUUCGACAAUCCUAUUAUGAUCAAAAUAUGCCCGGAUAAAACGCUGCUGGAAAGUCUACGCGAGUGUAUGAACCUAUUGGAAGUAGUGCAAAAAGGUCUGUCGGACUAUUUGGAGAGCCGUCGUAUGUUGUUCCCGCGUUUCUUCUUCCUCAGCGACGAUGAGCUACUGGAGAUCCUCGCCCAAACGAAAAACGUGCAAGCGGUGCAGCCCCAUCUGAAAAAAUGUUUCGAGAGUAUGAAGGGAUUGCGCUUCGAAGAUGAUUUGGCCAUCACACGAAUGUACUCUGCUGAAGGCGAAGAGGUGACAUUGGAGUCGCCAGUUCGUCCGGAAGGUAGCGUGGAAUAUUGGCUCGGCUAUGUCGAGGAUGCGAUGAGAAGCACAGUCAGACACGAAAUAAGCAAGUCGCUAAAAACGGUCGAAUCAAUGCCGAGAAAAGAUUGGGUUUUCAUGUGGCCAGGUCAAGUUUCAUUGUCCGUCGGGCAAACUUCCUGGACUGCGCAUGUUGAGCAGGCUAUAAUAUCCGGCGAAUUGGGUGGCUACAUGCAAGUUAUGGUUCAGCAGUUAGACGAUCUACGAAUUUUGGUUCGUGGACAACGCACGGAAAUCGAGAGACUAAUGCUGGAAGCUAUAAUAACAAUCCAAGUUCAUGCUCGCGAUGUAUUGUCAACGUUAAUUGAUGGUCACGUUGCCAAUACAAACGAUUUCGAUUGGAUUUCGCAAUUACGUUACUACUGGAUUAACGACAGCGAUCUCAAAGUUCGCGCCGUUAAUGCGGAAUUUCAAUAUGGAUACGAGUACCUCGGAAAUAACGGGCGUCUUGUUAUUACUCCACUGACGGAUCGAUGCUACUUAACCUUAACGGGCGCUCUGCAUCUGAAAUUUGGUGGCGCACCAGCUGGUCCCGCGGGCACUGGUAAAACUGAGACGACCAAGGAUCUUGCGAAAGCUUUCGCCAUACAAUGCGUUGUCUUUAAUUGUUCCGACCAACUGGAUUUCAUGUCGAUGGGCAAGUUUUUCAAGGGCCUCGCCAGCUCUGGAGCUUGGGCUUGUUUCGACGAGUUUAAUAGGAUAGACGUUGAAGUACUCUCAGUCAUUGCUCAACAGAUCAUGACUAUUCAGAAAGCGCAGCAAAUCAGCGCUGAUAGGUUUUUCUUCGAAGGAGUGGAAUUGAGUCUGAAAGGAUCCUGCGCAGUUUUUAUAACGAUGAAUCCUGGAUACGCUGGGCGUACCGAAUUACCAGAUAAUUUGAAAGCACUGUUUCGGCCAGUAGCUAUGAUGGUACCUAAUUACACACUGAUAGCUGAAAUUUCAUUGUUCUCGUGUGGAUUUGGGCAAGCAAAGGCUUUGGCGGCCAAAAUUACAGCUACAUUCAAACUCAGCUCCGAACAGCUUAGCACACAGGAUCACUAUGACUUUGGCAUGAGAUCUGUUAAGACGGUUAUUGCGGUGGCUGGGUUAUUAAAACGAGAACAGAAAGAUAUGCUGGAAGAACAGAUUUGUUUGAGAGCCUUAAGAGACGUUAACGUGCCUAAGUUUUUGAAGGAUGACUUGACAUUGUUUACCGGUAUCGUUUCGGACCUUUUCCCUGGAGUGCCAGAAAAAUCUAUCGAUUAUGACAUGUUAAUCAGAGCUAUUAAAGAUACGUUAAAGGAUAUAGGACUAGCAGAUGUUCCAGAAUUCAUCCAGAAAAUCAUCCAACUAUAUGAGACGACCAUAGUACGACAUGGACUGAUGUUGGUUGGUCCUACUGGUUCAGGGAAAACCACGUGCUAUCGCGUGCUCAAAGCUACGUGCUGCCGGCUAAAGAGCAAGUGGCAGCCAAGCGGGAAGCCUUUCGUGGCAGUGCACACCUACGUAUUGAAUCCUAAAUCCAUAACUAUGGGCCAGCUUUACGGAGAAUUCGACGCCAAUACACACGAGUGGACCGAUGGCAUUCUAUCGACGUUAAUUCGUUCGGGUACAGCGGCAACCGACGACGACAAGAGAUGGUACGUCUUUGACGGCCCAGUCGACGCAGUAUGGAUUGAAAAUAUGAACACAGUGCUGGAUGACAACAAGAAGCUCUGCUUAUCGUCAGGGGAAAUUAUGCGUCUCACACCCACGCAAACAAUGAUAUUUGAGGUCGAAGAUUUGCGCGUUGCCUCACCGGCCACCGUUUCCAGAUGCGGCAUGGUCUAUUUCGAAGCGCAAGGUCUAGGAAUAAAUCCCUUCAUCGAUUGCUGGAUCGAAAAAUUGCCUAAAAACAUGUCGGCUCAGGCAGCCAGAGUCUCGGAAUUGGCUUACUUCUUCUUGCCGGCAGGCUUGGCCUUUUUACGCUCGAACCUGAAAGAAAUCGUGUCUAGUGUCGAUUCUGGCCUUGUUCAGUCGUAUAUUAAUUUAAUGAAUUGCCAGAUCGGAGCGUUGAAAUUACAAGAGGGAAAAGCUUUUCCUGUGCGGAUCAUCGAGGCCUGGUCGCUGUUCGCGCUGGUAUGGAGCGUCGGUGCUACUUGCGAUUGCGAUAGCCGCUAUUUAUUCGAUCAAUGGCUGAGACAAUUACAGAGUCAAGUCGCACUCGAUUUGCACUUUCCUGCCGAUGGCUUAGUCUACGAUUACAAGCUUCACUAUGAAGAUACGUCGGAAGAACAAUGUGAUAUUUACUGGAUCAAAUGGUUUGAUAUCCAGACGAUUGAUUUGACGAUAAGCCCCGAGAAGAAGUUCUCUGAUAUCGAGGUCCCGACGAUCGAUAUGGUUCGUAAUUCAGCACUCAUUGAUCAACUGCUCGGAAGGGAAUGCAACGUUCUAUGUGUCGGACCUACCGGCAGUGGCAAAACCCUCACAGUAGCAGCCAAACUCUCCAGAGACAUGCCCAAGAAGUUUAUUUGCGACUUUGUCGUAUUUUCCGCGAGGACUUCGGCUAAUCAAACACAGGAUGUAAUCGACAAUAAGCUGGACAAGAGGCGAAAAGGUGUAUUUGGUCCACCGUUGACGAAAAAGCAGAUAUUCUUUAUUGACGACCUGAAUAUGCCAGCACUGGAGACCUAUGGGGCUCAGCCACCGAUCGAGCUUCUACGACAGUUAAUUGAUUUUGGAGGAUGGUACGACAGGAAGGAAAUUGGCUCGUUUAGAAAAAUCGAGGACGUUAAUAUUGUAGGUGCCAUGGCACCUCCCGGUGGAGGUCGCAACUCUGUGACUGCUCGCUUAUUACGGCAUUUCCAUUACAUUGCCUUUCCCGAGAUAGAAGACGAAACAAAGAACACCAUUUUCGGAACAAUCCUUGCCGCUUGGCUGAGCAGGACACAGCUGUCGCUCGAAGAUGUACUCGAACCUCUAGUCACAGCGAGUCUGCGCGUUUUUAAGACGGUUUGUCAAGAGCUCCUGCCGACUCCAAAUAAAUCACAUUACACUUUCAACGUGCGGGAUUUAGGCAAAGUCUUUCAAGGACUUCUAAUGGCUAGCCCAGCUCAUGUGAAUAAACUACAAGACUUGUUAGUAUUAUGGUAUCACGAGAAUUUUCGGGUAUUCAGUGAUCGACUGAUAAAUGACGUCGACCGUAAAUGGUUCGAAAAUCUACUCUGUGAAAACCUGAAGCGAGAAUUCGACUACGACGUGACGCUCCGUGAGAGCUUAUUUUACGGGGACUUUUGUAACGUGGACAAUCGUUACGAGCGUAUUCUCGAUAUUGAAAAGAUGCGAGUCACUCUUCUGGAGUAUUUGGACGAUUAUAACAAUUCAACGACCGAACCAAUGAACUUGGUUCUCUUCGAGGAUGCAAUGUGCCAUAUCUGUCGUAUAACACGAGUCCUGCAUCAAUCGCCUGGAAACGCUCUUCUUCUCGGCAUGGGUGGUUCAGGUCGACAAAGUUUGACAAAGCUCUCGGCGCACAUCGCCGAAUAUUUCUGCUUCCAGAUAAAACUCAGCAAAACAUACUCAACUCGUGACUGGAGAGAUGACAUAAAAGACUUGUUAUUGAAAACGGGGCUGCAGCAAAGGUCGUCUGUUUUUUUAUUUUCUGAUACACAGAUAAAGAGUGAGCUGUUUCUCGAAGACAUAAAUAACAUAUUGAAUAGUGGAGAUGUUCCUAAUAUCUAUCAGACCGACGAACUGGAUCGAAUAUUUCAAGCGAUGCGCGGUCCAGUACAGGAGUCAGGUCUGCAGAUCAAUCGCAGCAACCUUCUCGUUGCUUAUCAAAAAGUCGUUCGUAAUAACUUGCAUCUGGUCAUUACCAUGUGUCCGAUUGGUGAAGUUUUUCGUGCGAGAAUCAGACAGUUCCCAGCACUGGUCAAUCUUUGCACUAUUGAUUGGUUUGAUCCGUGGCCAACCAGCGCGUUACAGAGCGUGGCAAUGCAAUUUCUAAAGGGCGUGAGGGAUGAUGCGAUUACGGACACAGUUUUGGCAUCAAUUGUCAAAACUUGCCAAUUCAUGCAUUCGAGCGUGAUUAAAGCCAGUGAUAAUUAUCGCCAGGAAUUAAACCGUCACAAUUACGUGACUCCGACGUCUUAUUUGGAACUGAUUUCGAGUUACGGCGAGUUACUUGCUAAAAAACGCAAUGAAUUGAAUUACGGAAUAUCCAGGCUAUCUACGGGUUUGAAAAGGCUUGCAUCGACGGAGGUUGAAGUAAAAGAGUUGCAAAUUCUAUUGGAGAAAAUGAAACCCGAGCUCGAGAAAGCAGCUAUAGAUGCGGCAAUAAUGAUGGAACAGAUUGCUCGCGAUACUGUUGAGGCUGGAGUGGCACGUGCAGCAGCAGCUGAGCAAGAACGCGAAGCCACGAAAUUGAAGCGAGAGAAUCAAGCAAUCAGAGACGAGGCGGAAGCUGACUUGAUGGAAGCACGGCCGAUGUUAGCAGCAGCCGAGGCAAGUUUAAAAGCUCUCAACAAGAAUGACAUAACCGAGGUGAAAGCGAUGAAACGGCCACCGGUCGGAGUUACACUUGUCAUCGAAGCUAUUUGCAUAAUAAAGAAAGUCAAGCCUCUUCGGAUUGCAGCGGAGAAACCAGGCCAGAAAACAAAUGAUUACUGGACACCUGGCAGCCAAAUGCUUGCCGACGCUGGACACUUCCUCGCAAUGCUCGAGAAUUAUAAUAAAGAUGAGAUUACCGAAGAUAUGAUAGAAAAGCUCAAGGUCUAUAUUGAGAAUCCUGGUUUUCAACCGAAGAAGGUAUUGCAAGUUUCAAAAGCUUGCCAUUCGCUCUGUUUGUGGGUGCAUGCCAUGUACAGAUAUUACUUCGUGCGUCAGCGCGUUGCUCCGAAAAUGGAAGCACUCCGAAAGGCUGAGGAAGAUCUCGUGCAAACAGAAGCUUUGCUUGCUGACGCGAUGGCAAAAGUUAAAGAGGUACAGGAGGGUCUGCAGACGUUGCAAAUGCAAUUUCGUGAGAUGGAAGAAAAGAAAGCAGAACUCGAGAGACAAAAACAGUUAUGCGAGGAUCGAAUGUUAAGAGCGGUCAGAUUGAUUUCAGGAUUAGCCGGUGAGAAGAUUCGUUGGAUCGACAGUGUUGAACACUUUAAGAUUGGAUUAACAAACGUCAUUGGCGAUAUUCUUAUCUCUGCUGGCGCCGUUGCUUACCUCACACCAUUCACGGAUACUUAUCGUGAAAACUUGCGCUCCUCGUGGUACAUCGUCCUCGGUGAAGGCGUGCCCCAUACAAAGGGAUGCAGUCCAAUUUCCGUAUUGGGUGAUCCAGUAGAAAUUCGUAAUUGGCAGAUUGACGGUUUACCACGCGACACCCUAUCGGUCGAAAAUGCUGUACUUCUGACCAACUCAAAGCGUUGGCCCCUGCUAAUUGAUCCCCAAGGUCAAGCUAACCGCUGGAUUAAGAAUGUCGGCAAAUCAGGCGGCUUGUCAACAGUUCGAAUGACGGACAGGGAUUUGCUCCGAGUGAUUGAGAGUUGCGUGCGCUUCGGUCGUAUUUGCCUCAUUGAAAAUGUAGGCUUGGAGUUGGAGCCAUCGCUCGAUACUGUUCUCAUGCGCUCGCUCUUUCGUCAAGCCGGCCAACUGUGCAUUCGAAUCGGCGACAGCACGGUGCCGUACAACUUUGACUUCCGUCUCUACUUGACCACCAAAUUACCCAAUCCGCAUUACGCCCCGGAAGUAACAGUCAAAGUUCUACUAGUGAAUUUCAGUCUUACUGCCAGUGCUUUAACGGAUCAAAUGCUAUCUCUGGUAGUAAUGCAAGAACGGCCCGAACUCGAAGAGAUUCGCAGUGCUUUGGUUGUAUCAAUGGCUCAGAUGAAACGUGAAUUGAAGGAUAUUGAGGAUCGCAUACUUCAAAGAUUAUCCUCAUCCGAAGGUUCGCCAGUGGAUGAUCUUGAUCUUAUUCUCACCCUAGAAGCGUCCAAAGUCAAAAGUGAGCAAAUUAAGUUGAAAGUCGAAGCUGCGGAGAUAACUCAAGCGGAUAUCGAUUCAGCGCGCUCGCUCUACAUUCCAGUUGCUGAGCGAGCGCAGAUACUUUGCUUUUGUCUGCUCGAUCUGCAACAAGUUGACACGAUGUAUCAAUACUCUCUUGAAUGGUUUGUACGGAUCUUCGUGAAUAGCAUCAUCAGCGCAGAUAAAAAUGAAGACGUCGCAAUUCGCGUGAAUAAUAUCAAUGGUUACUUCACGUUCUCGCUUUACGGCAACGUUUGCCGCAGUCUCUUCGAGCGUCAUAAGCUGCAUUUCGCUUUCCUUUUAUGCAUCAGGAUUCAAAUGCACGACGAGCUGAUCAAUCCUGUCGAGUGGAGGUUCUUACUGUCGGGUGCGAAGCCUCCAACGGAAGAGGCAAAUCCUGCAACUGCUUGGCUAACCCAACGAUCUUGGAUGGAAAUACAGUCCUUGCAGGUGCUAACCAAGUUCUACAACUUCUUACCCUCGUUCAACAAAUCGAUUCGCCAAUUCAAAGAGAUUUUCGAUGCGGAUCAACCAGAAAUAGCAACAUAUCCGGAACCGUGGGAGUCGGAACUGAACGACCUUGAGAAGAUGAUCCUAUUGAAGUGUUUGCGCGCCGACAAAGUAACCAACGCCAUUCAGCGUUACAUAAGCAAGUUCUUGGGCAAACGAUUUAUCGAGCCGCAAACCACUGGCCUCGAUUCAAUCUACAGCGAAUCGAGUUGUACGACACCCUUGAUUUUCGUAUUAUCAAGCGGCACUGAUCCAGCCUCCGAGUUGUAUAAAUUCGCUGAAAAGUUGAAAAUGUCGCGGAAGCUCAACUCAAUAUCACUGGGUCAAGGUCAGGGUCCUCGUGCUGAAUUGAUGCUUAAGCAUGCGACCGAAGCUGGCAACUGGCUGUUCUUCCAGAAUUGCCACCUGGCACCAAGUUGGAUGCCCUCGUUGGAGAUAUUGGUGGAAAGGUUACCGCCAGACACCACCCACCGAGAUUUUCGUCUAUGGCUUACGUCGAUGCCCUCCGCUACUUUUCCCGUUAAUAUCCUACAGAAUGGAAGUAAAAUGACUAUAGAGCCACCUCGCGGUGUCAAGGCAAACGUACUUCGUGCUUACUCAACUCAAGUUAGCGAGAUGCAGGACUUCUUUGCCUCGGAGCAUCCGAAGCUCGCCAUCUUCAAACCCCUCGUUUAUUCUCUGUGUUUAUUUCAUUCGGUCUUACUUGAGAGACGUAAAUUCGGACCCCUAGGAUUUAAUAUACCGUACGAGUUCACCGAUGGAGAUCUUAAAAUUUGCAUGUCGCAGCUGCGUAUGUUCUUGCUCGAAUACGCCGAGACGCCUUACAAGGUAUUGAUCUACACGGCUGGCCACAUAAAUUACGGCGGCCGAAUAACCGAUGACUGGGAUCGAAGAUGCGUUUUGACGAUACUCGAAUACUUUUAUAACGAGAGAGUGCUGCAACCCGGGCACAAGUUCGACCCGCAUGGGAAUUACGUUCAACCAGCAACGGACACGGAAUUGCCAGAAUACGUGGAUGUCGUUAAGAGAUUUCCAAUAAACGACGAGCCUGGACUGUUUGGCUUGCACGCAAACGCCGAUAUAAGCUACGCUCAAGCGGAAACCUAUGCCUGCCUGGCUACGCUUCUCGUUUUACAGCCGCGUGAAAUUGGAAGUGCUGUUAGCGGAAUGGACGAGGUUGUCGCUGCUCUUGCGCAAAGCAUAUUGGAAAGCUUACCUAAACAAUUCAGCCUGAGAAACAUCCAGGAAAGGUAUCCAGUCUCGUACGAGGAGUCACUGAAUACAGUGCUCUACCAGGAAGCCGAGCGCUACAAUGGACUUGUUGGCGAGAUGGCGAGCAGCUUGCAAGCUUUAGACCGAGCUUUGAAAGGCUUAGUGGUAAUGUCAGAGAAGUUGGAGGCGAUGGCUGCUAGUCUGUACAUCAAUCGCGUACCUCAAAACUGGCAAAGCCGCGGCUUCGCGUCACUCAAACCUCUCGGAGCCUGGGUUGUCGACCUCAACGAGCGCAUCAAGUUUAUAAAGAGCUGGCAAGACGGCGGUAUACCGACGGCUUUCUGGAUCUCCGGCUUCUACUUUCCGCAAGCUUUUCUCACCGGCACUCUGCAGAACUUCGCACGGAAGCACAGGGUUUCUAUAGACUCGAUUGAUUUUGCUUUCGAGGUGCUGAAGGAUAAGCCGAUUAGUCGACCUAGCAAUGGCUGCGCUGUUUACGGCCUGUUUCUCGAGGGAUGCCGUUGGGAUGGCGAGUCACUUGCUGAAUCAUUGCCCAAGGAAUUAUUUACUGAAAUGCGGCCUAUCUUGAUGAUACCAGAGGUGAACCAUCAGAAAGCCACGACUGGCAUUUACGAAUGUCCAGUUUACAAAACGGUAUUGCGCGCUGGCACUCUCAGUACCACCGGACACUCGACCAACUUCGUACUCUCCAUGGAAAUCCCGAGUCGUGAACCACCAGCACAUUGGACGACGCGCGGCGUAGCUCUCAUCUGCUCUUUGGACUUUUGAAGCGCGUAUUUUGGUUCUUACUCCGACUGUUCAUUUGCAG